CCGGCCUCGUCCUGUGUGAUGCGUUAACCGAGUUUCGCUACAUAAAUUGAUAACCAUAUAUUUCAAUACACAACUUUAAUUUGUUAUUUUUAGUUCACCAUUAAAAAUACAGAAAGUUGCUUAUGAAGCCAAUGAGUUUUGAGGACCUUAAACGUCCUUUAAGAUAUAUAAAAAUAAGGACCUGUCUGGCCGGAUAUUUACAGCACACCCAAGAUGUCGGCUGCGAUCGCCUCCCUUGAAGUUUACUGCAGCGGUUCUGGCUCGGAUUCUGACGGCGAGUCCAGAACCAGCACCGACAAUGCAAGCCAGGACGCUACAGCACACCUUCGUCCUUUGGGUUCGGAGAAAACGCUCUCGUUGCAGGUCCUCAACUCCGCUCCGGAGGUGGCUGUGAAGCAAGAUGUGGAGACUGGAGUGCACCUUGAUCCAUCUCUCAAGGAGGUCAUGUAUAACCCCACAUGCGACACCAUGUUUGCCCCUGAGUUUGGUCCAAUGAACCCGUUCAAGACCCAGCAGAUGUCAGCCCCCAGGAACAUGUUAUCUGGUUAUGCAGAGCCUGCCCACCUCAAUGAUUUCAUGUUUGAGGAACAGAGGAGAACCUUUUCAACCUUUGGCUAUGCCUUGGAUCCAUCCUUAGACAACAGUCACCUAACAACUGGCUACAUAGGUGCAAUAGAAGAGGCUGAAAAGAAUAAGGGCCUAACAGUGUUUGAAGCAGGAGCGAAGAAAAUGGAAAAGAGGAAGAAAGUUAAAGGGAGCGAUGCCUCCAACAUUGAAGGGUUCUUGGGACCCUGGGCUAAGUACCUGGAUGAAAAAGAUGUGGCCAAACCCUCAGAAGAAGAACAGAAGGAAUUGGAUGAGAUCACUGCCAAGAGACAGAAGAAAGGCAAAAGUGAAGAGGAAGCUCCUGCAGAUGAAAAAACAAUCCUUCACGCCAAAGACAUGUAUGAUUACCAAGGAAGGUCAUAUCUGCACGUUCCUCAGGAUGUCGGGGUCAACUUACGCUCUGCCGAUAUCCCAGACAAGUGCUACCUGCCCAAGAAACAGAUCCAUGUAUGGUCUGGACAUACAAAGGGUGUCAGUGCAAUCAGGUUGUUCCCAGUUUCUGGACAUCUGUUGCUAUCCUGUUCUAUGGACUGCAAAAUCAAGCUGUGGGAGGUUUACAACGAGCGAAGGUGUUUACGAACAUUCAUUGGUCACAGCAAAGCUGUUCGUGACAUCUGCUUUAAUAACACAGGCACUCAGUUCCUCAGUGCAGCUUAUGAUAGAUACCUUAAACUGUGGGACACAGAAACAGGACAGUGUAUUUCAAGAUUUACAAACCGGAAAGUCCCUUACUGUGUCAAGUUCAAUCCUGAUGAAGACAAGCAAAGCCUCUUUGUGGCUGGGAUGUCUGAUAAGAAGAUUGUCCAGUGGGAUGUACGGUCCGGGGAAGUUGUUCAAGAGUACGAUAGGCAUCUGGGAGCUGUCAACACCAUCACGUUUGUGGAUGAAAACAGACGCUUUGUCAGUACCUCUGACGACAAGAGCCUUCGUGUCUGGGAAUGGGACAUUCCUGUUGACUUCAAGUACAUAGCUGAGCCGAGUAUGCAUUCAAUGCCAGCUGUAACUCUAUCUCCAAACGGUAAGUGGUUGGCCUGUCAGUCAAUGGACAACCAGAUCCUGAUCUUUGGAGCCCAGAACAGGUUCCGACUAAACAAGAAGAAAAUCUUCAAGGGUCACAUGGUAGCUGGCUACGCCUGCCAAGUGGAUUUUUCACCAGAUAUGAGCUACGUUGUUUCAGGAGAUGCCGAUGGUAAACUGAACAUCUGGGACUGGAAAACCACAAAGCUGUAUCACCGAAUCAAAGCCCAUGACAAAGUGUGCAUUAGUGCACUCUGGCACCCACACGAAACCUCAAAGGUCAUCACGUGUGGCUGGGACGGUCAGAUCAAGCUCUGGGACUAGUGAGCUUGAAAGGAGUACAUACACGCGUUUUGGACUCAAAGUUUAAAUUCAAUGUUGACUGCCAUUCCCAUCCCACCCUGACGGAUAGAUUGGCUCCAGAAGCCUUCUGCAAGACUUUUAAGAUUGGUAUCCAGUCUGGUUUUUAAAGUGUUACUUAUUUCCUGUUGGUUUUCCUCCCCCUCUGCAAUCCAAGGAAUCCACUAUUUAUUUUUUUAUUUAAACUGCAGUGUUUCAGGAGAAAAACAGUUCUUGCACUUUUAAUACACACAUGGGUAGCUUUCUAAUCGUGCCGAGAUUGUGUUUAAAACUGUAAAUGUUAGCUUUUUGAUUAACAACUGGAACCACCAAACAGUUUGGUUGGGAUGUAGCAGAAAUUCACCAUAUGAGCUACUAUAAUUCUCAGAGGGGAUUUUGACCUUCAACAAGAUUGCUACCUUCAUUCUGAUGGCUCAGUAGGAACCAAUUGAUUUGCGCACCUGGAUCCCAAAAUAAGGAUAUAUCCGGGAGGCACUGUUAUUUCAGAAAGGGAUACGAGAGGGAGGGAAGAUGUAUCACCAUUAAUCCUGUCGGCAAGGUAUGCGUAGGUUGGUCCAUGUUUUAUCAGAUAUGUAUACUGCUGGGUAGAAGUUGGGUAACUGGUGUCUGUGUUCUGCUUUUUUAAAUAGUUGUUGUACAGCUCAUUUGUCAAUAAAUACCAUUUGUAGAAAAAAAAGU